AUGUCCGUCUUUCUUGAUCCGUCAAUUAGCCAGUUUAGAGACAUUUCGCUGUAUGAUGUUGAGGAGCUCACAAAGUACUAUCUUUUGGCUUCUUCUGCCUUGAACAUUGGCAACAUUUUAAAGAGCGUUUCUAACGCAGAUGCUUUUAAGCAGCUUUUCAACAUGAACGACUUUUUGGUUUGCUCUGUGGAAGCAUUUGAAGGUAUCUUUAUUACAAACCCGAUCGGUCAAAGUGGCGCCACCUCAAGUGACAAUAUGUUAAUCAUCAAGCCGGAAUACUCCAGCGAUUUGGACUACUACCAAGACAUCUACUCCAACAUAUCUAGUUUGUUGAAUCAGGAAGCCAUGAUUUUUUGCCAAGAUUUGGCAAAAAAUAACCUUUCCGAAAGGCACGAUUACAUCAUGUCGCUGGUCGACAAUUUCUGCAUCACGUGCGUGUACUUUCCUCAUCUUGGAUUUCUGCUUAAUAUCAAAAGCAAUGGUGAAACGAACAUCUCUUUUUGUGAGGACUCUUUAGAUCUGAUUGCCUCUUUUCUUGAGUUGGAUAUCGUUUUCAUAUCCAUCAAUAGCGGCGUCUUUUGCAAAAGCCUGCGUAUGAAGCAUCUGGAUGACGUGUAUGGGGAUAUUCAUUCAAAAAUCAAAGACAUCGAGCUUGAUAUUUGCCAUCAUUUUAUCACACACCAUCUUACCAUGAAGGAACGGCGCAUCUUUUACAGGAUUUGGUGCGACUUGUCGGAAAUAGAUGCCAUAAUUUCCCUUUGCAUUUCGAUCGACAAAUUCAACCUAACAAGGCCAACGUUAACUCUGGACACAACCGUCCACGUCGAGGGCGGCAGCAAUAAUAUCCAAAGCAAUUCGGAACGUGGCCUGCUUACUCUUAUCACCGGCCCUAAUGCCUCGGGAAAAUCGGUAUAUCUAAAACAGGUUUUCCCUCAAAGCUUAUUAUCAUCCCAGGUUGGCCAAAUCAUCCUUUUGGCACACAUUGGCUCCUAUGUUCCUGCGAACGAGGGCUUCACAAUUGGCAUUGUAAAGGAGCUUUUUUGCAUGGCCAAUGACGGAAAUUCUGUCAUCGCAAAUAGAAAGUUUGUUCAAAAUCUCGCAGCAAUCGAUUCCAUCUUGUCACUUUAUUCAUCACGGUCUCUCAUUCUGAUCGAUGAAUUUGGUCCCGGAUCCGACACAAUCGAUGGGCUUUCUUUAUUCAUCUCUUUGGUGUUAAUCAUCGAGGGGUUCAGCACCAACAGCUUGAGCAUACAUUGUGCAAAAUUGGCCGGGUUCAGUGAUGCAUUGGUCGCUAGAGCGGUCAAGAUUUACCAUGAGCUUUUGAGCAAUCAACCCCUGGAGCUUUUUCUGGAGGCCAAUACGGAGGACAUCCUCAAAAAUGAACUUCCCGUUACCCAUUUCCCGGCAAAAUCAAUCUUGAGCACAUUUAGAUGCUGGAAUGCUUCGGUUGAUUCCAUUGACUGUUUGAAGAAUCACAUUGCCUCAUUAUUGAGCGGUACAAAAUGA